GUGUACAAGAUUUACCUUAUUGGAAGACAAUCACGUGACAGUCCUAGCGCGAUUUCCGCAUCAGGUUGCACCUUCCGUGACUGCAUCCGUGCAACCUACAUCAACAACCCACGACUCAAUUCUUCCCUCCGAAAAUCCUUCAUCGCAUCUAUUUGUUCAAGCAGCCUUUCCUAUGCACAUGCCAUAGAGAACAUAGAGAAUAUGUCUACUCCACACGCCAAACGCCGUCGCCUGGACGAAGCCAACAAAACGCUUCAUAAGCCAUUCAAAUCGCCGUUUCGCACACCGCUCAAACCCAUUGUAGGGUCAGAUCCGCCAUCUUCUGAUCCUCCAGAUGUAAGCGCAACAGGAUCGGUAGAUAUAAUUUCCACACCGACUCCGAACCUUGGUAAAGGUCCCACUCCACAUCCCGGGAAUGCAGCCACGCCAUCAUUGGCACGUCCCAAAUUGGUCGCAUUGACACGGAAUUCGGGAAAAAGAGCGCCAUCAAAACCAAGCCUUACGCGGGAGAUUGUGCGGCUUCGCAACGACAUCCAGAUUCUCAAUCAAGCUCAUGCGCUCAUAACGUCAAGCAAAGAACAGGAUAUGUUGGUGCUGAUUGACCGAUGGCGAGGAGCUAGCCGAGCUGCAGCGGAAGAGGUGUUUGCGACUACGCGUGAUCGGGUCAACCGGAUGGGGGGUGUUGGCGCAUGGCAAGAGAGAGAAAGGGAACAGAGGGAAUGGAGAAUGAAGGCUGAUCGUGAAGAGAUGGAGGCUGAGCGCGAAAGACUCCAAGAGGCGAGAGAAAAUGGAGAGAUCGGGGAUGAAGUGUUCGAGGAGUACGAGCGUGCUGGCGAAUCAGAGAAGAUGGGGGAGAAUGAGACAGAGACGUUCAAGGCUGCCGCGGAUGAUUCCUUUACCAUGGAUAUGAUGCUCAAGACACUGAAUAUCGAUCUAGAGCUGAUUGGUUACAACAAGGAGUUGCAAAGAUGGGAUGGAUGA